AUGGAGACAACUCCAGCCGCAAAAGAACGAAACGUGCUGUUUCAGAAGCUGAAGCCAUGCUGUGUUAAAGCAAGCCAGCUGGCAAUCCGGGAGCCUGAAGACCCGAAAAGCCAUCGAGAGCUGCAGGAGCUUGUCAAGCAGAUCCUCGACAUCUUAAAUGAGCAGAUCAGGACGGAUCCCCUGGCCCUUGAUGAAAAACUAGCAGAAUACGUCUCCUUUCCGCUGUCUCACAUUUUUCGCCAUUUGGAACGAUACCCCAUGAGUCUGGUGGAAGACUGCGUCAGAUGCUUGACUAUUCUCAUUGUCCACGGCUGGAAAUCCAAGAUAUCCGCCAAGCUCGUGCAGCAGCUGUUCAGUUUCCUCAUAUUCAUCAUCGAUGGCGUUCCGGGAUCUGCAAAGAGAGAUGUGCCCGAAGAAACGGUGCUCGAGGCGUUCCGUGCCGAAACCGCACUGCUUACUACCGCAGGGUCAUCCCUUGUGGCCGCAGCAGGGCUCUCUGAGCCCGAGUCGAUACCAGUGCUGGGUCAUGGAAUUACAGUCAUCUUAGAUGGCGUAUCAGAAGGUGCGACUCCAGAAAUCCAGCGCGAGGCGCUGCGAACGUUGGAGGCCCUCUAUGGAGCCAUCAAGGAGCACGCUGCGCUAGCCAGCUUUCUACCAGGAACAAUCUCGUCGCUUGCCAAGGUCCUAUCAAAGCCAACUCGAUAUAAAAAGCUGGUCAUGGCAAAAUGCCUUGGAGCUACACAAGUGGUUUUAACAAAAGUGCUAUCUGAUAUGCGAACCCGAUCCAUUCUCGCCACGGAGACGGAAAGCCAGAGUGACGCUGAUAAAUCCAAGGUGCUUAGCCCUGCGUGGCUCAAGGCUACUGUGGCCCAAGUUCAAGUUGCCUUGUCAGUGGUGAUGAAGCUACGAACUCACGAGGCAUCCGAAGUCCGUGAAGCCUUGGGGAAGUUGUGCAUUACUUUGCUGGACGAAUGCCACACUACGCUAUCAAACUGCACAUCCAUUCUCAUCGAGACAUCGGUGAUUCUUGACCAAGGGUCCGAUCAAGACUUGAUGACGGAGACGAACCUGAGAUAUUUGGUAAAUAUAUACCCGGAGCUGGGAGAAACCAUCAAGUCGGCUGUCUACGGCUGGAUGUCGAGCCUCCCCCGUCUUAUGCAGGCAAGCGACGAAAAAGUAAAGGAGCAAGCGGUCUAUAACUUGUCAAAGGGGAUUGAGUUACUCCGAAGCUUAAGGAUUGAAUCCUCUACGCUCGAUGAUUCAAUCGCCAUCACUUUGAGAGAAAGCAUAAUGUCCAUCGUCACCACGUCUAAAAGCCACCACUCUAGCGUUAGCAAUCAUGUGCUACUGUUGGAAGAUGGGUCUUCCGAUUCGCCUACAUCGAGGCAGUCGCAGUUUCAACCGAUUCUACUGGGCUAUGAAGGUCAAAAGAGGUUAAAGAGCGAAGUAAUGGGUCUUUUACGAACUGUUGGCUCCAUGUCGCAGCAUGCAAAGAUUGCUGCCGAUAUGCUGGACUGUGUUCGAGAAUCAACAGCUCUCAAUCAAAUGACUGCGUAUUGGCUCUGUUUUGAAUUGGUCAAGGCAGCACAUGCUCAUUCUGAGCACACAGAUGCGCUGCUUGAUCUAUCAGCCUUUACCGAUCAACCAGAUGAAAUAAAUGAGGUAUAUGAAGAGUUAUACGACUUUUCCGUCCAAGUAUUGGACUCACACACCGAGACGGGAGAAGCCGAUUGGCGUUUGGAAGCCAUUGCUCUCGAAAUAAUGGCGUACGCUGCACACAGAUCUGGUGAAAAAUUCAGACCAGAGCUCAUCGACGUGCUCUUCCCCGUCGCCACGCUUCUGGGAUCGGAUGAAGGCAAUCUACAACAGCAUGCCAUUGCUGCACUGAAUAGUAUAGCGCUCUCAUGCCAGUAUUCCAGCGUGUCUGAGCUGAUUAUUGACAACGUUGAUUACAUGGUCAACUCCGUCUCACUACGCCUGAAUACGUUGGACAUUUCUCCCGCAUCAACGCAGGUAAUGAAAAUGAUGGUGCGGUUGGCGGGGCCCCGUCUAGUGCCGUUCUUGGAUGAUGUUGUUGAGUCAAUGUUUGCUGCCCUGGAGAAUUAUCACGGAUAUGCGUCUUUUGUGGAAAGCCUUUUCUCAGUCUUGAAAGAGAUUGUUGACCAGGCAGCCCAGGCAGACGGACGACUUUUAACCGACGUUGAGCAAUCAUCCAUUAACCACAGAAAAGAAGCACAGAAGAUGGAAGACUUGGAAACUCUCUUACAGAUUCUCGAUAAACGCAAAGAGAGAGAGGAGCGGGAUAGAAUGGAAAUGGAAAACAUGGAGGCCAGAGGUGGACACCCCGGAGUUCCGUGGACGAGCGAUCUGGCACAAGGAAAUAAUGAAGACGACCAAGCGCAGGCUGAGCCUCCCAGGGACGAAGAGAAGCCGCCAAAUUCUCCUACAUACCAGCUUCUGCAGCGAGUGGCAUCGCUCACGCAACACUACUUGACGUCUCCGACACCGACGCUCCGAAGGUCGCUACUGGAACUUCUCACCACGGCUGCAUCCGUCCUUGCUGCUGACGAGGACUCGUUUCUUCCCCUUGUCAAUGCAAUCUGGCCCGUGGUCAUCGCUAGGCUACACGACCCCGAGACAUUCAUUGUCACUGAGGCAUGUGAAACCUUGUCUGGGCUGUGCCAAGCGGCAGGAGACUUCCUUAGUACCCGGUGGAAGACGGAGUGGGGAGACGGGCUCCGCGACUGGUGCCGCAAAACCAAGCAGCAGGCCUCGAGAGAUAGAGGCCGCUCAAACAUGUCUUCUUCAAAGAGUCUCCCGCAAUCUACGCCAGGGAAGCAAAUUGUGAUUCCCAUACGAUCAAGCAAUGGUCUUGACGUGCAGCCAAUUUCUGUAAAGUCGACAGAGCCCAGCGGAGGGCUCGGGCAGCAUGCUUCUCCGGUGAGGAUAUGGGAAGCAGUGGUGAAGCUCCUCACAGCCAUCAUAUCGUACGUGAGAGUCGAGGAUGAGAUGUUUGAUGAGAUUCUGGACCUGCUUGCCGAUGUCAUGGAAAGAAAUGACGAGGUGAGAGAUGCUCUCGAGGUUGUCAAUGCGGAUGCGGUCUGGGCUGUGAGAUAUGAGCGCGGGCUUGUGGAGGCGAUGCCGGCGCCGGUGUUGGAAGGGACUGUGUUUCCAGAAAUGACAUGCUAG